UGUUGAGGCUAUUUUGCAAGACACAAGACAUCAAACAAGAGAAGCAGUAACAGAAAGAGGAGAUGACAGGCUCAGGAGAUCCACUAGUGAUAUCAUUCGGUGAGAUGCUCAUCGACUUUGUUCCUGACACCUCAGGCGUCUCCUUGGCUGAGUCUAAUGCUUUCAUCAAAGCCCCUGGUGGUGCCCCUGCCAAUGUGGCUUGUGCCAUUUCCAAACUUGGUGGCAACGCUGCCUUCAUUGGCAAGGUGGGAGAUGAUGAGUUUGGAAGGAUGCUAGCUGACAUCUUGAAGAAAAAUGGGGUCAACACAGAGGGUGUGUGUUUUGAUGUGGAGGCGAGAACUGCAUUGGCUUUUGUGACAUUGAAGAAGAGUGGAGAGAGGGAGUUCAUGUUUUAUAGAAACCCCAGUGCAGACAUGUUGCUGAAGGAGUCUGAAUUGAAUAUGGGUUUGAUUAAGCAGGCCAAGAUAUUCCAUUAUGGAUCUAUUAGCCUCAUAUCAGAACCAUGCAGAUCAGCUCACAUGGCAGCCAUGAAAGCUGCUAGAGAAGGUGGUGCAUUGCUGUCCUAUGAUCCAAAUGUGAGGUUGCCUUUGUGGCCUUCUGAUGAGGCUGCUAGGUCUGGGAUCAAGAGCAUUUGGUCUGAAGCUGACUUCAUCAAGGUGAGUGAUGAUGAAGUUCAAUUUCUUACACAAAAAGAUCCUGCGAAGGAAGAGGUUGUUAUGUCCCUGUGGCAUGACAAGUUAAAGCUGCUUCUUGUCACUGAUGGAGAGAAAGGUUGCAGAUAUUUCACAAAGACAUUCAAAGGGAGGGUAUCUGGGUUCUCAGUGAAGGCAGUUGAUACAACUGGUGCUGGUGAUUCUUUUGUUGGUGCACUUCUCACAGCUGUGGCCAGGGACCCUUCCAUAUUUGAUAAUGAACCAAAAUUGCAAGAGGCUUUGACUUUUUCAAACGCUUGUGGAGCAAUUUGUACAACACAAAAGGGAGCAAUUCCUGCACUUCCAACAGCCGAAGAGGCUCAGAAAUUUAUUUCAAGCUGUAAAGCUAGUUAAACUCUACUUUGAAAUUUGACACUCCAGAGGACUAGCUAUUCAUUCACAUUUUUUAGUUUUGUUUUACAAGUCUGAUACAUUAACUAAAAUAGUUUUAUGUUUAUGAAUAAUAACACCUAUUUCUGCUGCUUAGUAUAGUGAGAGCUUGUAUUCUUCAGAAACGAAGAAAUUAUUACUAAUGUGAAGUUUCUUUUCUCUCAUUUUGUCCUCAAUUAAAUGAGAGAAUUUUUAAUUUUUCUCUCUUAA